UUAUAAACGACAGCCUGGCGUAACAGAAACAACGGUUGUCUGCGAAACUUGUGCUGUCUUCUGGAAGUACGCUGUAGCUGACACAGUGAAGAGCAUCAGCCAAUCAUGAAGGUCCUUCUCCUGUUACUCCUCGUCAUUGGAUUGGCAGCAGCUGAUGCCUUGCCUUGGAAGGGACGUAGAAGUGCUGAUCCCGUGCUGGAACAUGAUCUUUUCGGUAGAAGUGCUGAUCCCGUGCUGGAACAUGAUCUUUUCGGUAGAAGUGCUGAUCCCGUGCUGGAACAUGAUCUUUUCGGUAGAAGUGCUGAUCCCGUGCUGGAACAUGAUCUUUUCGAUAGAAGUGCUGAUCCCGAGAAUUCAAAGUUCAAGGCACGUGAAGCAUCUCCUGGCUAUUUGCUGGAAGAAUUUCUUAAACGUAGAAGUGCUGAUCCCGAGAACUCAAAGUUCAAGGCACGUGAAGCAUCUCCUGGCUAUUUGCUGGAAGAAUUUCUUAAACGUAGAAGUGCUGAUCCCGAGAAUUCAAAGUUCAAGGCACGUGAAGCAUCUCCUGGCUAUUUGCUGGAAGAAUUUCUUAAACGUAGAAGUGCUGAUCCCGUGGCAGCAGCUUAUUACGUGCCUGCGAGGGCUCGUAGAAGUGCUGAUCCCGCCAAACGAGGCAUCUUCGACCCGCCACAGAAGAUUCCAAUUGGAAAUGGCCUGUGUUUUUAUCUAGAUGUCAUAAUACCGUGUUAGCAGAAGAGUCUACAACGGUAGGCACGUGACGAGGUGAAAGAAAAGACUCUCGCAAUAAAGCUGAAAAUAUGAAGCUCGAA